AUGGGUUGGGCUAUCGACGCCAAGGUUACUACCACUACUAAUUGCGAUAAUUAUACUGAACGCAGCGGAAGCGAACGGGAUAAUCGUGUUGACAACAGACAGAGAAUCAUCCACAACCGCAAUGAAAAGGAUGAGCAACGAAUUGAUUCGAUUAUCGCUCAAACUACACAAGAACAUAACGAGCACAUGUCGCGUAUAUUUGGUUUGGCAACGAAACUGUCCCAGGGAAAAUGA